UUCUUUUAUAUUCUGAAGCAGAAGAUUAUAAUAUACUUAAAAUUACAAUGAGCCAAUUUCUUAAUGAUUUAUGGUCUAUUAAAGAGGAUGGAAUCUCUGAUUGGAAAUUUCUUGCUAUCUGUUUAGGAUUAAAUGCAGCUAAUUCUCUUCAUUUUUGUCCAUGGUGCUUAUGUUCUAAACAACAAUAUAAAGAUUUAUCAAAAGAUUGGCAAAUAACAAAAACUAUGAAUGAG